AUGCCAGAACAAACACAGCAAUUUCCAACCCAUAACGAAUUCAGAAGUGAUACAUUCACUGUGCCUACCCAGAAGAUGCUGGAAUCGGUGCUGACUUGCACUGUUGGUGACUCUGUUUACAAGGAAGACCAAGACUGUCUUGAUCUCGAAGACAAGGUGGCGAGGCUAAGUGGACAUGAAGCUGCCCUAUUUUGCUCCUCCGGUACAAUGUCAAACCAAAUCGCCCUAAGGGCACACUUAUUCCAGCCUCCACACUCCAUCCUCUGCGACUACAGAGCCCAUGUCUACUCGCACGAGGCCGGUGGAUUGGCCACUCUCUCGCAGGCCAUGGUUUCGCCAGUCAGACCCGCCAAUGGAAAUUACAUAACAUUGGAUGAUAUCUUGGAAAAUUACAUCCCGGAUGACGGUGACAUUCAUAUGGCACCAACCAAGGUUGUCUCGUUGGAGAACACCUUGCAUGGUAUCAUAACCCCGUAUGAAGAGAUUGAGCGCAUUUCUCAAUGGUGCAAAGAAACGGGUAUUCUCUUACAUUGUGACGGUGCAAGGCUAUGGAAUGCAUCCGCAGAAACUGGUAUCUCCAUCCACGAUUACUGUAGAUUGUUUGAUUCCGUCUCCCUUUGUUUGUCAAAAUCUUUGGGUGCACCAUUUGGUUCAAUUCUUGUUGGUAAAAAGAAGUUUAUUGAAAAAUGUAACCAUUUCAAAAAGCAAAAUGGUGGUGGUAUUAGACAGGCGGGUAUGUUGGCCAAGAUGGCUUCCAUUGCAAUCGAUGACAACUUUGACAAGAUCAAAAUCUCCCAUCAAUAUGCUAAAAAUGUCGGCCAGUUUUGCGUUGAGAAAGGUAUACCUUUGGAAUCACCGGUUGAUACAUCGUUUGUGUUUCUUGAUUCCAAGAAGUUCAAAGUUAACCCUUCAACUUAUGAUAUCAUUUCCAAAAAAUACAAUGUCAGAACAAUGGGUAACAGACUGGCUUUCCAUUAUCAGAAUUCCCCAGAAGCUAUCGAAAACCUAAAGUCGGCGUUACUUGAGGCGUACCAAGAUUCCUUGGUCCAUCCGUAUACAACCAAAGGUGCAGCAAAACUGUAUCGUACUCCUUCCGUCAGUUCAACUAAAACAUUAGUUGAGCAUGUUCAUCAUUAA